CUCGUAUCCUACUCAUAUGAGAAAGGGUCUGGGAUACAUUUGAAUUAUCGAACAUUGAUAAGGCCAGAUUCAACUACUAGUGGUAUCUUCGUUUUUCACCUCGUAUUGGUCUAAAAGUUUGCUAAAGGGUUGUACGAUACUUGUGAAACAAAUUAGAAUUGUCAUAUGAAAUCACUAGUAAAUACUGCAACGGUGCUGAAAUUUUUAAAAUUACGCUAAUGUUUAUCAAUCCUUGACAGAAACUUAGAGUUUAUUAUCUCAUGCAUUUGAGAAUACCUAAUGACGUAAUAAAGUUUUUUAGACCGGAUAAUACGCAGUCGCAGCUUGUUAGCAAAUUCCCAAGGUGUACUGAUCCUGCAGGUAGACUCUGGAGGAUGUAUCCUAGUCUCCUUAUUUUGGGGAAACCUUGGUGAAUUCCGGUCUCAUGUUGAAUAUGUGAUGCAAUGGAUUCAUUUUUACGUCAUGCAGCUGAAGCCCUUCAUUCGAGUUGCAAAAGUAAAUGGAUUCUUGUUGUUGGAAAUGAAGCAUGUGAUCUAGAUAGUACAGCAUGUGCACUUGCCUAUGGAUUUUAUAAACAAAUGAAGCUUGAAAAUGAGUUCAUUGUUAUACCUGUAUGUAGUAUCAAUAGAGAAGAUAUGGUUUUACGCACUGAAGUUACCUUUUGGCUUACUCAAUGUGGUCUCAAAUGGGAAGAAUUGAUUUAUCUGGAUGAUGUUUUUAAUGAAACCUAUUCAAAAGUGAAUGAAAAUGAAUUAUCUUUGAUUCUAGUUGAUCAUCAUUUACCAACAAAAAAGCUUAAUGAAUGGCCAACCAUUGAAAUAAUUGAUCAUCAUCAGUUAGUUAAUAAUGAAACCGUUGAAAAUUGUCCUUUUAAGCAAAUUGAUCUUGUCGGAUCCUGUGCCACUCUAAUCACAUUCGAAAUUUUGAAAGGAAUGGAUGGUAAUUGUUUACCAAGCAAUGUAUGGAAGUUGCUUUAUGGUGCCAUACUUAUUGAUACAAUCGGACUUUCUAAUGCUGGUCAAAUGGCUGGACGAUUAACAGAAUUAGAUCUUCGCAUGGCUAAUCGUAUCGAAGAUAUUAUUUACAACCAGAUUUUCACUCCAAAUGCUUCAAGAAAUUCCUUAUUUACUCAACUGGAAACAGCAAAAUUUACUGUUGAUGGGCUAUCUGCGUGGGAUUUAUUACGUCGUGACAUGAAAAUUGUUUCUAGUCCAAAUAAAGAUGCGUUCCAAUUUGUGUGCUCUACUGUAUCUGGAGUUGAUUUUACGAUGUUAAUUAAUUCUCCUGACUUUACUGAAGCAGCCAAUCGGAUAUGUGCUAAAUAUAAUGCCAGUUUACUUGUUUGUCUUACUGUUGGUUAUCCCUUAUCGGAAAGUUCAUCGAUACCUUCAUCAGAGUUGACAACUUUUCGAAGAAGAGCUCUGAUUUUGUAUAAUAUGAAUUUUCCUGCUGGACGUUAUAGCGAUCUGAUUAAGUUUCUCCUAAAUCCGAAGCUUAAUCUAGAUUUACUUCCUCAGUCUAUCCCUGAUUUCAGUCACUUUAUAGCAAUUGUCAAUAAUGUCAAAAUGACACGUAAAGUCCUACUACCUUUAUUAGUACAGUUUCUUCAGCAAUUGGGGUCUCCAAGUGAUACUGGCACUUCCGAUAACAAUCCCAAGAAUGAUAUCGACAGUAAUGAUGAUUGUAACAAUGUUGUUAUGAAGUCGGACACAAACAUUAAUAUUUCUUCAACAAAUACUAAGAGUUUACAUUCACUUGAUACAAGUCCCAAGUGUUCAUCGGAUCUGAAAGAUAAGGCGGGGAAUGCUACUGAAUUCGCUCUAAAAGAUGUCAUUCCUUCUCUGAAGAAGUGGCUUUUACCCUUACAUCCUCAUGAACGAUGUGAAUUUCUGAGAUCCUUCUUUCAAAGCUCUCUAAAAGCAAAUGAUAGUCCAUCACUGGACUUACUAAAUAGUUUGUGGACCAGUAUUUGGUAUGAAACUAGAAAAACUUCUAAAACUGUUAAAUCUGCCGUUGGUACACAAACACCUAUACCGAAAUUAAUGUGGUUGAAGUCACACCAAACCAGACGUGUUGCGAGUAUGGUUCAAGGUAAUAGUUCAGCAAUAAGAGCAAUUUCAGGUAAAAUGGGAGGUUUCAAAUCUGCUCGACGUUUUACUUUAUCAGAUACCAACGAUCUUACAUUAUAUAGUGAAAAUAUGUCUAAAGGUCGAGUUGAUCUCUCAUCAUCACGUUUUGUUCAUCGUAUAUCUGAUGAACAUUUAUGUGUUUCCGAUUCUGAAAAUUCUAAGCCAAGUUGGUUAGAGACUGAAUAUUUGACUCGCAUUCCUGCCUGGUUACCGUCUACUUUCACAUCAACUUCUUUAGAUUCAGCUGAAGCAGUCAGUUAUAGACUUUAUCGUCGUUUGUCAGGAAUGCCAUUGUCUAAGGAUUCCGAAGAUGAAGUGUCUUAUGGCCAUACAUCGUUUCAAAAAGAUAAUCAUGAUGUUCACAUCAUACAUGAUAAAGAUCAGGACAUUGAUUAUAAUAAACUUGAAGAUGAUGAAUUAGCUUUACUUCGAACAUCACUUACUGAUUGUCGACAAUUAUUUAUAGAUAAACAAACAUCAACGUCUAAUUUAUCCAAUUAUACUAGUUGGCUUUCUAGUCAUCCGGAUCAUAUUACCGAACAAGGUCUUAAAUUCCUUAAAUUAGAUCUUCAGCCUGCGAAAACUGAAGAUAUAGAAUCAACUAAACAACGGGGUUUCCAUUUACAUAUUUUCAUGUUAUUCAGUGUUUUUGACAAGAAAUUUCUGGACACCCUAUGUGUCGAAGCUUUGUUUUAAACAUGGUGUUCUCAUUGACCAUUUUCAGUAAUUAUUCUUUUAAAAUAUGUUUGUGUAAAUGAUUUUCUUUGUUAUUAUUUCAAGCCAUGACACUAAAAACAACUAAAUCAAUACUUACUAACGAACAACAAAGUCACCCGUCUUUUCAUGUUACAUUUGAUCUUGGCUGUACAGAAGAUUCCAAAUUAAUGAUAUCAGGCGAGUAAGUUUUGAUUAAAUCUAUCAUUGGAAUUAAGUGUCGAACUAUUCUUGUACAAAGAGAUAAUGUAAUGUUUCACAGUUUUGCUCCAAGUAUUGGGUACAUUACUGUUUCUGAGUAUUUUAAUCUAAUUAUAGACUAAUGAACAGACAGUCGAUUGUAAAUUUACAACUGUUUUACACCGCUUUUAUGUGAGAGAUUGAGAAACAGAGCAAAAUGUUAGGGUGGAAUAAAUUAAAUAAUUAUUCUUUCAAUUUUGUGAUUUUGUCGAAUAACCUAAUGUAUUUAUUGGUUAGUGUUUUGUUUUAAACAAUUAGGUCUUUAGUUCAUAUCCUUUUGCACAUAGUUUGAUUAGAAUAUGGAUGUAAUAUCUCUAGUUGUCUUACUUUUAACCACAGUUGUUUUAAGUAGACAUAUAGGUGAUACCAAAAGACAAGAGUAUGGAGUCGAUACAGUUAAUCAAAUAUCAGACGUGAUGGAGGAAGUACUGUUGAAAAAAUGUUGAUGGAUUAUUGAGAAUAGAAUCAGGUUUUGCUGACUAGGGGGAAACGAAUUGAUUUCCCACUGACAACCUCAUUGUUUUGUUAUGUGUCAAUAAGUACGGUGAUUGUAAUUAAUCUUCAUCUUGGAGUUCUUGUGAAUGUGAAACAUGUCAACAAAGCUGGUCACCUAAAGUAGUCCUUCGUACGGUGGUUAUAACAGCUUGUGAGCAGGGUCAACAUAGGCAAAGAUAAAGUCUCAAGUUAUCUACUUGUGCUUCGAAACCACCUCGCUAGCUUAUAUGAUCCCAUUAGUUGUCCCGUAGAUCUCAGAAAUUGGGACGAUGUCCUGUCGCGUAAGUUACAGGCGGUUAACAACUGUAAUCGCUUCUCACCCGAGUCCAAGGUGUAUUGCAUAGCUGUUGCCCCUCAUAGAGUGUCUCUUCAAGAAUAUGGUCUACUGGGUUUCCCACCCGUACCACUAUAUUGAUGUUGGGGAUGAUGGAUCCCUACAAAUCACUUGGUAAAAGUCUUAUUUUCGUAACUUUAUUUUGGAAAUUUGAAUUUCUCGUUUUCACGCCAAAAGUGCCUGUUUUUACUUUCAGAUUGUAUUUCCCACUUGAAAGGACCCUAAAUAUCAUUGGUUGGUUGCCUCUCUUAAUGUGCUGUUUCCCAAGAACAUUUUUAUGUUGUGUGUAAUAUGCUGGAGUUGUGUGCGUGUUGCUCUUGUUUCUGGCUGCUUGUGGAAUAUACCUUUCCCUCAUCUCAACCAGGUCUUUUCCCUCUAGUUAGGGGAGCUGGGACGCAUCGGAAUAGUUAACUUGUUUUGUCGUUGUAUCGUUGAUCUUUUGUCCCGUUUGCCGAUUAAGGUGAUUUCGUAAUCUCUUAAAACUUAGCAAUUGAUCAGCAGCACGUCAACCAAAUGUUCCUAACGUAAAGUUUGUGAUCGAAUAGCAUAGGUCAAGAACUGCUUAAGCCUAUACAAAUCACGUAUGGACGUUGUUGGGAUCGUUUGUAAGUAGUUAUAAUCUUCUAGUGGUGUCUGGUAAAGCAUAUGGUAUGCUCUUAUUUUGAGGAAUGUCUAAUGAUAGCGAUGGUAAUGUGAAUUUAUCAUGUCCCAUAGCGAAUCGGAAACAUUUACGCACAGGAAUAUGACAACAAUAUCAUGCAUAUAAAGUGCAACCGAAAAUAGAACAGGUUCAGGUUAUGAUCAAAAACGUUACAAACUUGAAGUUUUCACAAAAGUUUCUGUAGAUCAAACGAAAUUGUAGCAAUUAGUUCCAUUAAACACAUAUGAUUUAUCUUAACCUUUUAAUCCUUCCAGUUAUUCUGUUAUUUAUGUGCAUUACCUUGAGAAUAUGCGUAUGACAGAACUUGUAUCUCUUUCAUGCUUGUAAAUACUGUUACUCAUCAUUUAUUGAGUAGGCACGCUUACCUUCUCCGUUUCUCAUCUUUCAUUGGUUGUCUACACUAAAAGAUGUAUAAAAUACAUGUAUUUGUAGGCACUUUCAUAUUUGACUUGUUUUAUUCCUCUGCAUGCAAUAACGCGAUUAAGUCAAUAAAAGCAAAGCAAGUUAGUUAAGGAACUAUAUUUCAUCAUUCCUCAUUGAUAUCAAACGUAGUUAGCCACAGACACACUUGAAUCAAAUGGAAAACGUAACAAAACAGAUAUUAUCAAGAUGUAAAUAUGUUAAAAGUUAGUUUUAGAAUAAUCUUAAAAUAGUUACAAUACUUAAUUAAAUGCUUGUUCACAAUUUAAAUAAAGACUAUUAAACACUAAAGUGACAUUUUUCUCUAUCUUCUAAGUAGUUAUCAUUUGACUUUGUAAAUGAUCAUUAAAUAUCAUCAAAUGUAUUAUUUUUUCUUCGCAUUCCUUGUAAGCUCAAUAGAGAUAUUAGUGAAAAUUUAUAUCACAGGUAAAUAUUUAUUAUUCUUUAUUAAGUUUACUAAGAAUACGUAUCAUGUAACAAUUAUGUUUCAUGUUUCAUUUAGUCUUUAAUUAUCAAUUUAUCAUAUCAUUUCUUUAUAAAAUAAUUAAUUACCUAUAUGCAUUUGUGUAUGUGUAUGUGUGAAAGUGUACUUUUUUUCGCUCUCUCCUUCCCUCUCCAUAUUUUUCUACUUUAGGACAGUGGAUGAAUAAUUUCAUGAAACCAAAUACAAUUCAAUUAUUGUUAAUUAAUAGAAAAUUGAAUAAUAAUUAUAACAUUAAUUGGUUAAAACAAUUUAUAUCAAAUUAUUCACAUGUUAUUCGUGUUAGUUUUUUAAAAUUUACUUUAAAUUUCUUCUCAAAAACAUAAUCAUUUUUCUGUUGUGUACAUCUUGUAUUUUUGUUCGUUCGUUUUCCCUUUUCUAAAUACGUUAAAUAUUUCAAUGUUUAGUUAAUUUAUACUAAUACUUUUCUGAUUAUAUAUUAUUUUAUUAUAUAAUCAUUAGAGUUAUUUUAUGAUUUUCUUGUUGUUCAUAAUUUCACUUAUUUCUUGGAUCUGUUGUUGUUGUUUUUGUUAUUCUCCUUCUUUCUUCUCUGUUUUUUUAUCAAUUAGUUCUAUGUUUGUUUUGACAAUUGUUGUUUACAUUUUCAAAUCAGUAAUUUCAAUUUCAUUCUGUUUACUUUAAUUGUUUAUAUUUUUUAUGUUUACAUCUAGAAUAUUUCUGUUUUAUAUUUAUAUUGUUAAUAAUGGUACUAAUAAUAAAAAUUUCAUCUUAUU